AUGAAAAUUAUUAAUUAUCAAGAGUGUCAUCAAAAAGAUCUUAAAAAACUUUCAUAUGAAUGGUUAGAAAAAUAUGUUUCAAUUGAACCAAUCGAUGAAGAGAUGUUGAAUAAUCCAAAGAGUUUUAUUUUAGAUGGUGGUGGUCAUAUAUUUAUGGCACAACACGGUGAACAUAAUGAAACUGUAGGAACUGUCUCUUUAAUACAAGUUGAUGAUAAAACUUUUGAAUUAGCAAAAUUAGCAGUCACUGAAAAAUAUCAAGGUUUAAAAUUAGGUCAACAUUUAAUGGAACACUGUUUAAAUGUUGCUAAACAACAAGGUGCAACUAAAGUUAUUUUAUAUACAAAUCAAAAAUUAACAAAAGCAAUUGGAUUGUAUAAAAAAUUCGGAUUCAUUGAAAUACCAUUAAAUAAUAAUAAAUAUAUAGAAUCAGAUUUAAAAAUGGAAUUAUUAUUUUAA